CGGGGCGGGUCGGACAUUGUGCAUUUGAAGCAAGCUCCUGCAGGACCUGGAGCCGAGCAGGCGCUCAGCGCAAGCACAGGUGGCGACCCUGAGUGUGCCCGGGGAGCCUUAAGAACGCCGCCACCUGGGCCUGCCCCAGCAGCCUCGCUGCUCUGGGGUGCGGCCCGGGCUGAGGGGCUCUCAAAGCUCCCCGACGAUGACUGCCUCGGGCUGGGAAGGGACGGACCGCUACCACCGCCACCUGCCCUUGAGGGACGUGGAGCGGCUCUGUCCCAGAUUUUCCGCCGUGCGGACAAAAAUGAUGACGGGAAGCUGUCCUUGGAGGAAUUCCAGCUCUUCUUUGCAGAUGGCGUCCUCAACGAGAAAGAACUGGAGGAUCUCUUUCACACGAUCGACUCUGACAACACCAACCAUGUGGACACCAAGGAGCUGUGUGAUUACUUCGUGGAGCACAUGGGGGACUAUGAGGACGUCUUGGCCUCCCUGGAGACCCUGAAUCACUCUGUCCUGAAGGCCAUGGGCUACACCAAGAAGGUGUACGAGGGCGGCAGCCACGUGGACCAGUUCGUGACCCGCUUCCUGCUGAAGGAGACGGCCACCCAGAUCCAGUCGCUGCUGAGCUCCGUGGAGAGCGCGGUAGAGGCCAUCGAGGAGCAGACCUGCCAGAUCCGGCAGAACCACGGCAAGCCCAGCCACGGCGCCACGGAGACCUGGUAUGGGAGCCCCACGCCCCCCUACGCCGCCAACCACAAGCUCAUGGCCACGGAGCCAGGGAAGAGCCUUCCGUCUGUCACCGAGGACUCGAAGGAGGAGGGCCUGGAAGCCCAGAUCAGCCGGCUGGCGGAGCUGAUUGGCAGGCUGGAGAACAAGGCACUCUGGUUUGACCUGCAGCAGCGCCUCUCGGACGACGAGGGCACCAACAUGCACCUGCAGCUGGUCCGGCAGGAGCUGGCCGUGUGCCCCGAGCAGCUGAGCGAGUUCCUGGACUCCCUGCGCCAGUACCUGCGCGGCACGGCCGGAGCGGGGACCUGCUUCCACAUUGCCGCGGUGCGGCUGGCCGACGGCUUCACCUUCGUCAUCUACGAGUUCUGGGAGACGGAGGAGGAGUGGAAGAGGCACCUGCAGAGCCCCGUGUGCAAGGCGUUCCGGCACGUCAAGGUGGACACGCUGAGCCAGCCCGAGGCCCUGUCCAGGAUCUCCGUGCCAGCCGUGUGGUGCACCGUCGGCCGAGACUGACCGCCUGCCUGCGGCCGGGUCCGCCCCUCCUCUUGUGAAGGACAUCCCCUUUUCUAGAAACUUUGGAACACGAGCUGUCUUCUCUCUUCUCAACACGAAUGUACGUCCCUGCUGUGUGAAGUGGAGGAGGAACCCCGCUCCCCCCAGUGAGUGGCCACGCACACCCAGCCACCUCCCUCGUAGUCUGAUGGCUGAGGCCACCUCUGUCCUCCCCUCGUUGACAUUUCUCCACCUGGUAGGAGCCGUGACCCCGUAGCGCCCAACCUAGGCCAGUCCCGCGUCUGUGGCAGUAGCGCCACCGUAGGCAGCCAGUGUCUGCUGGGCACAGGCACCAAAUAAACUGUGGUUGGAAACAUC